AUGUUUUUUUUUUGUUUCUCCAAACUUAUCUGUGGUCUUUGGCUUAAGGUCGUUGCUGUAAAAGGAAAAAAUCCAACGGGAGGACAAUUCAUUGCCUCGUCGUUUUAUGAGGUUUGUUCAAAUUACUAUUAGUUUUUUCGAGUAUUACACGGUAUUUUAUAUCUAAGGAAAAGAGAAGGGAAUCAAACAGCACAACUAAAAAGAACAUAAUGAAAUUGGUAAAAUUGCAAAAUGUGGUUGCGAAAUGUUGUAAAGCUUGGAAAAUAUAGUCUUGCAAAGUUUGCAUAUUUUCAGUAUAUUUGUAUUACGUGCGGUAUACAAAAAUAUACAAAAUAUGCAAAAUGGCAAACGCUAUAUUUUCCGUAUUUUACAACAUUUCAACAAAAUUUUGCAAUUCUACUAAUUUUAAUACGUUCUUUGCGGCAAUUUACUCUUUUUGCCUAGAUCAAAAAUUAGUCUAACAUGCAAGUUUUAGCAAUUUUUGGUUCAUUUGUAGGGGAUACUGCCACCGCCGGUUCCAGAGCCAAAAAAUGUUCAGACAGGUUUGUAAAACGUUCGGACCAAUACAAGUUUAAGUACAAGUUCAAUAUACAAAUAUUUCCGGAAUACAAGUUUAUUUAUAUUAUAAAUUGAUGAUUUAUUGAAACACAUUUUUAUAAUUCCAUUUUUAUCCAGAAACGUUAUCCAUCUUUAUCGCUGUUGGUCCUUUUACGACGUCGGAGAGCGACUCAUACGAACCAUUAACUGAUUUCUUAAGCCAAGUGUCGAAGGAGAAGCCUAAUCUUGUUGUUUUGGUAUUGUAUAGUAAUAUCUAAAUAUAGAUGAUUUGUUUCUGUUUGGAAUUUUCGGAGUGUAAAUUUUGUACAUUUUAGAUCUAACCACGAGCAGCUACCUGUACAAUGUAAAGGCCCAUUUCCACUCAAGAAAAAUUUCCACGGACAGAAAAUUUUCCGAAAAUAUCAUUGUUAAAAGUUGAAAAUUUUCUACUUCAAAAUUUUUUUCCGACGGAAAAUUUGUGUCGGCCAAUCACAUUUCACAAAAUUUUCUUUCUGCGGAAAAUUUCCCUGAGUGGAAAUGGGCCUUAACUAUAGGCCCUCUGCUGCAGAGCUCUGACCAACUGAGCUACAGAAUACAGACUCCAGUUACAUUUUUCGCAUCUGCUCCUGGUUAGGUCUUAAUGUAUACAGCCAAUUCAAAAAAGGUUUUCCUUUGCAAACCUUAAACUCUAAACCUUAAACCUUAAACUCUAAGCGUGCAAAGCUUAAUGGCUGAGCACGAGUUUCAAGCUUAAUAGUCGAUUAUUGCAUCUAUUUGUGAAUGAAUUGUUCUCAUAAGGAGAUAUUUACCAUGUCUCUGAGAAAUGGGCCACAUAUAUGAUUUCUAAACUGGUUAAAUGAUGCUCCCAAUAUGCUUUGCACGCUUAGAGUUAAGGUUUAAGGUUUAGAGUUUAAGGUUUGCAAAGGACAACCUUUUUUUAAAUUAGCUGUAUAAUUUUCGUUCAAAAAUUCCAUCUACUAUAAGUCCCAUCGAACCAAGUACCCAAACUGGAACCGCGGAACCGUGGGGGGGGGGGGGCAAUGAGGGCAUGUGCCCCCUUUUUUUAAAAAUGAAAAAGUGCCCUUUUUCUGGGCUAAAGUACCUCAUUUAAAAAAUGAAAAAAUGUGUUUCUUGAAUGAACGCCAUUGUGCAGUCAAGUGCCCUUUUUGCAGUACUAAAGACUUUGUAAAUUAAGCCCAUUUCCAUUUAUUAUAGAGACUCCACAUUUUCAAAAAAUUUUCGUUCGGCUCAUGAACGACAUAAAAUCGUUUGAUUUUGGUCAUAUACAAAAGUGCCCCUUUUGGCUAAUGCCCCUACACUUUCAAAAUACUUCCGCGGCCUUUGUACCCAAAAAUCUUGAUGUUGUAAUAUAAGCCCUAGUGCAGAAAUAUAAUUCCUGCAACAUGCGAUUGUCUGAAUCCUCUGAUUGUUGUUUCGCCUGUGAGGGAAAUGAUUCUGAGUGUGACUCAACCAAAACAUCACAGGAUUUUUCCAGGAACUCCAGUUAGCUCCUGCAGUAGCAUUGGACCAUGAAACCACCUUUACUAAUUACUGGAUCUCUGGAGAGAACAGUUUAGAUUGGUAGAGCUAUCCAUUAUAGAUAAAGUUAGUUCAUUCCCGUCCUGGACAUAUGGGGUAGACAGUUUAGAGCUUGCAGACCUAUCCCAUCAAACGCGACGAUAAGCGUUUCAAUUCUCAUCAACUUUCAUUCCUAUUUGACUUCCCAUUUUACUUUGCUCUUUUAGAUGGGGCCGUUCGUUGAUGCGAAAAAUGACUUGAUUGAAGUAAGUCCAUAACAGUGAGGCUGAGGGCUGACCAAUCUAUUGUCAUUUUCAUGAGUCCGAUUACGAUAUUUUGAUUCCUUUUUAGAAAUGCGAAAUCCACGAGACAUUUCAAGAACUAUUUGCACGUAAAAUAAACGAGAUUGGUGAAUGCGCCAAGAGGUAUGGUGUCAAAGUUUUGAAUGUUUUUAUUCAAAGUGGAUCAAUUACAAGGAGCAUUACGAUUACUGUACUUAGCAUUUAUACUGUAUAUCAUAAAUUUACAUGUGGAUAUACGAUCAAAUGCGCUUUACAUCAAGUAUACACUUACCUGAUUACAUACUGUACUUACUGUACCCUAGACUAUUUUAUCUUUACAACAAUGGACCAUUUGCAUUAUACAGGAGACUAAAUUUUGAUCUAGACAAAAAUUUCAUCACAGCUUGAAAGAGCAUCACAAAAUUAGUAAUAUUCCAAAGUUUUGUUGCGAAAUGUUGUAAAAUGUGGAUAAUAUAGCCUUGCGAAAUUUGCAAUUUCCAGUCGUUUUGUAUUAUGUACUGUACAAACGGGAAAUUGAUGCCCCAACACCCGAUUGGGCUGUCAAUUUCCCAUGCGUAAUACAAAAUGACUGAAAAACGGCAAAUUUCGCAAGGCUAUAUUAUCCGCAUUUUACAACAUUUUGCAACGAAACUUUGGAAUAUUACUAAUUUUGUGAUGCUCUUUCAAGCUGUGAUAAAAUGUUUGUCUAGAUCAAACUUUUAGUUAUAAGGGGAAAGGUCCAUUGUGACAUUAAUUUCUUAACUGUGUUUAUCCUAACCCACCCUGUCAACUUUUCCCUGUGGGAGGAAACCGGGGCACCCGGAGAAAACCCAGGACUUUCGGCAGAGCAUUGACUGACUCUUUUCACAUGAGUCCGUAGCGUGAAUCAAACCCACGAUCUCAGAGGUGAAAGGCGCUUGUUCAGACGACCUGGACCUCGGGCCAAAAGGGGCCAUGGACCCUCAGCCUCGUUUUCGUGUUUAAGAUUAUUUCCACAUUUAAUAGUCAAAAUCCAAAAUUAUUUUUUAUGCAUGUGUUGACGGAGGAUGUUCUGCUCCUCCGACCAUGGCCCAUGACCUCCUCUGACCAUGGCCCAUGAGAAACAAACUUAAAAUCCAUUCCAUUUAAGGUGGUCCUAUGUUGAAAACAGUGUAGUUGUGACGUAAUUGCCGGAAAGGUCUAUUGAAUUAUCUCAAAACCAAACACGCGCAUGAGCAGAACGCACUUGGCUGCCUCUUUAAAUUUUAAUACUUGACAAAGUUUUGUUUCUUUUGUUACAGACUAUCAACGAAGUUCGUGAUAAUUCCAUCUCAAAGAGAUGUACACCACAACUGUGUCUAUCCACAACCACCAUUUUGUUCAAAGGACAUUAUGAAUACUUUAAAUUCAGUCAUUGUAAGUUUAUAGGCUGUAGGCCGUUAUUAAAAUUUAAACGUUCGUUUGAAUUUGAAAGUCAUCAACUGUUGUUGUUUUAAACUUACUUUCUUCCAGAAUAAGAAAAAGAAUCAGUCAGCCAAGUUGGCUCAGGUAACAAAAAUCAUAGCUUUUCCACGCAAUACACCCUUCUGGAAUGUACUCAUGCAGCCUUGGCUAUAGAGCCUAGUUUUCAUCAUUGAAAUAUUUGGUUAUAUUUUUGGGUAUUGAUAUAUGUACAGUUAUAUCAACACUCGAGGAAAUUGGGAAUGUUGUUCUGAAUGGCUGUUCCAACAACUUGUCAACAAGAUGUUUCCUCAACCGGCUUGUAGCAAGCUUGUUAACAAAUUGUGACAAUGCUAUUCCAACAACUUGUCAACAAGAUAUCUCCGCGACAGGCUAACAAGUUGUGACAAUGCUGUUCCAAUAACUUCUCAACAAGGUGUUUCCUCAUAACAAGUUGUCAGAUUGCUCUUGCAGCAACUUCUCAACAAAAUGUCUUCUCAACAGCCUUGUAGGAAGCUUGUUAACAAGUUGUGACAAUGCUGUUCCAACAACUUGUCAACAAAUGCAGCAAGUUUGUUAACAAGUUGUGACAAUGCUGUUCAAACAACUUGUCAACAAGACGUCUCCUCAACAGCCUUGUAGCAAGCUUUUUAACAAAUUGUGACAAUGCUAUUCCAGCAACUUGUGAACAAGAUGUCUCCUGAACAGCCUUGUAACAAGCUUGUCACUAAGUUUGAUAAUCUGUUUCAGGCUUCUAGCAAGCUUGUUAACAAGUUGUGGCAAUACUGUUCCAACAACUUGUUAACAACACGUCUUCUCAACAGGCUUGUAGCAAACUUGUUAACAAGUUGUGACAAUGCUGUUCCAAUAACUUGUCAACAUGAUGUCUCAACAACAGGCUUGUAGCAAGUUUCUUAACAAGUUAUGGCAAUACUGUUCCAGCAACCUGUUAACAAGAUGUCUCCUCAACAGGUUUGUCGCAAGCUUGUUAACAAAUUGUGACAAUACUGUUCCAACAACCUGUUAACAAUACUGUAUACACCCUUUUCAUAAAUGGCUGCCGAUUAAAAAUUAUUUUAUGUGCAUAUAAAUUGGCCCAACUAGCCUCGUUUCUGGGUAGAAAUUCCUUUGAAAUCCUAACAUGAGUACGAGGCUAGUUGGGCCAAUUUAUAUGCACAUAAAAGAAUUUUUAAUCGGCAGCCAUUUAUGAAAAGGGUGUAUAUCUCCUCAACAGGCUUGUAGCGGGCUUGUUAACACGUUGUGACAAUACUGUUCCAACAACCUGUUAACAAUAUAUCUCCUCAACAGGCUUGUAGCAAGCUUGAUAACAAAUUGUGACAAUACUGUUCCAACAACCUGUUAACAAUAUGUUUCCUCAACAGGCUUGUACCAAUUAGCUUGUUAACAAGUUGUGACAAUACUGUUCCAGCAACUUGUCAUCACGAUGCCUCCUCAACAGGUUUGUAGCAAGCUUGUUAACAAGUUGUGACAAUACUGUUCCAACAACUUCUCAACAACACGUCUUCUCAACAGGCUUGUAGCAAACUUGUUAACAAGUUGUGACAAUCUGGGCGAGAGUAACACCACAAAUACCAUAUUCACCUGAGUACACUACACCAACACAGCCAAAAAAAAAGUUGUUACAAUGCUGUUCCAAGAACUUAUCAACAUGAUGUCUCAACAACAGGCUUGUAGCAAGUUUCUUAACAAGUUGUGGCAAUACUGUUCCAGCAACUUGUCAUCAAGAUGUCUCCUCAACAGGUUUGUGGCAACCUUGUUAACAAGUUGUGACAAUACUGUUCUAUCAACCUGUUAACAAUAUAUCUCCUCAACAGACUUGUAGCAGGCUUGUUAACAAGUUGUGACAAUACUGUUCCAACUACUUGUUAACAAGAUAUCUCCUCAACAGGCUUGUAGCAAGCUUGUUAGCAAGUUGUGAGAAUACUGCUCCAACAACUUGUCAAGAAGAUGUCUCCUCUACAGGCUUGUAGCAAGCUUGUUAGAAAGUUGUGACAAUACUGUUCCAACAACUUGUGAACAAGAUGUCUUCUCAACAGGCCUGUAGCAAGCUGGUUAACAAGUUGUGAGAAUACUGUUCCAACAACCUGUUAAUAUAUCUCCUCAACAGACUUGUACCAGGCUUGUUAACAAGUUGUGACGAUACUGUUCCAACAACUUGUUAAUAAGAUCUCUCCUCAACAGGCUUGUAGCAAGCUUGUUAACAAGUUGUGACAAUACUGUUCCAACAACUUGUCAACAAUAUGUCUCCUCUACAGGCUUGUAGCAAGCUUGUUAGCAAGUUGUGACAAUACUGUUCGAGCAACUUGUCAACAAGAUGUCUCCUCAACAGGUUUGUAGCAAGCAUGUUAAGAAGUUGUGAGAAUACUGUUCCAACAACUUGUCAACAAGACGUCUUCUGAACAGGUUUGUAGCAAGCUUGUUAACAAGUUGUGACAAAGCUGUUCCAACAACUUGUGAACAAGAUGUCUUCUCAACAGGCCUGUAGCAAGCUUGUUAACAAGUUGUGACAAUACUGUUCCAACAACUUGUGAACAAGACGUCUCCUCAACAGGCUUGUAGCAAGCUUGUUAACAUGUUGUGACAAUACUGUUCCGACAACUUUUCAACAAGAUAUCUCCUCAACAGGCCUGUAGCAAUCUUGCUAACAAGUUUUAACACAGUUGUUCCAACAACUUGUCAUCAAGAUGUGUUCGCAAUAUAUUUGUGGCAAGCUUGUUAACAAGUUGUGACAAUACUGUUCGAGCAACUUGUCAACAAGAUGUCUUCUCAACAGGUUUGUAGCAAGCUUGUUAACAAGUUGUGACAAUACUGUUCCAACAACUUGUCAACAAGACGUCUUCUCAACAGGUUUGUAGCAAUCUUGUUAGAAAGUUGUGACAAUACUGUUCCAAUAACUUGUGAACAAGAAGUCUUCUGGACAGGCUUGUAGCAAGCUUGUUAAGAAGUUGUGAGAAUACUGUUCCAACAACUUGUCAACAAGACGUCCCAUCAACAGGCUUGUAGUAAGCUUGUUAACAAGUUGUGACAAUACUGUUCCAACAACUUGUCAACAAGAUAUCUCCUCAACAGGCCUGUAGCAAUCUUGCUAACAAGUUUUGACACAAUUGUUCCAACAACUUGUCAUUAAGAUGUGUUCGCAAUAGGUUUGUAGCAAGCUUGUUAACAAGUUGUGACAAUACUGUUCGAGCAACUUGUCAACAAGAUGUCUCCUAAACAGGUUUGUAGCAAGCUUGUUAGCAAGUUGUGACAAUACUGUUCCAACAACUUGUGAAGAAGAUGUCUUCUCAACAGGUUUGUAGCAAGCUUGUUAACAAGUUGUGACAAUACUGUUUCAACAACUUGUCAACAAGACGUCUUCUCAACAGGUUUGUAGCAAGCUUGUUAGAAAGUUGUGACAAUACUGUUCCAACAACUUGUGAACAAGAUGUCUUGUCGAUAGGCUUGUAGCAAGCUUGUUACGAAGUUGUGAGAAUAAUGUUCCACCAACUUGUCAACAAGAUCUCUCCUCUACAGGCUUGUAGUAUGCUUGUUAACAAGUUGUGACAAUACUGUUCCGGCAAAUUGUCAUCAAGAUUUCUCCUCAACAGGUUUGUAGCAAGCUUGUUAACAAGUUGUGACAAUACUGUUCCAACAACCUGUUAACAAUAUAUCUCCUCAACAGACUUGUACCAGGCUUGUUAACAAGUUGUGACGAUACUGUUCCAACAACUUGUUAAUAAGAUAUCUCCUCAACAGGCUUGUAGCAAGCUUGUUAACAAGUUGUGACAAUACUGUUCCAACAACUUGUCAACAAUAUGUCUCCUCUACAGGCUUGUAGCAAGCUUGUUAACAAGUUGUGACAAUACUGUUCGAGCAACUUGUCAACAAGAUGUCUCCUCAACAGGUUUGUAGCAAACAUGUUAAGAAGUUGUGAGAAUACUGUUCCAACAACUUGUCAACAAGACGUCUUCUGAACAGGUUUGUAGCAAGCUUGUUAACAAGUUGUGACAAAGCUGUUCCAACAACUUGUGAACAAGAUGUCUUCUCAACAGGCCUGUAGUAAGCUUGUUAACAAGUUGUGACAAUACUGUUCCAACAACUUGUGAACAAGACGUCUCCUCAACAGGCUUGUAGCAAGCUUGUUAACAUGUUGUGACAAUACUGUUCCGACAACUUGUCAACAAGAUAUCUCCUCAACAGGCCUGUAGCAAUCUUGCUAACAAGUUUUAACACAAUUGUUCCAACAACUUGUCAUCAAGAUGUGUUCGCAAUAGAUUUGUGGCAAACUUGUUAACAAGUUGUGACAAUACUGUUCGCGCAACUUGUCAACAAGAUCUCUCCUUUACAGGCUUGUAGCAUGCUUGUUAACAAGUUGUGACAAUACUGUUCCGGCAAAUUGUCAUCAAGAUUUCUCCUCAAGAGGUUUGUAGCAAGCUUGUUAACAGGUGGUGACAAUACUGUUCGAACAACCUGUUAAUAUAUCUCCUCAACAGACUUGUACCAGGCUUGUUAACAAGUUGUGACGAUACUGUUCCAACAACUUGUCAACAAUAUGUCUCCUCUACAGGCUUGUAGCAAGCUUGUUAACAAGUUGUGACAAUACUGUUCCAAGAACUUGUUAACAAGAUAUCUCCUCAACCGGCUGGUUGCAAGCUUGUUAACAAGUUGUGAGAAUACUGCUCCAACAACUUGUCAACAAUAUGUCUCCUCUGCAGGCUUGUAGCAAGCUUGUUAACAAGUUGUGACAAUACUGUUCCAAGAACUUGUUAACAAGAUAUCUCCUCAACCGGCUUGUAGUAAGCUUGUUAACAAGUUGUGAUAAUACACUUCCAACAACUUGUCCACAAGAUUUUUCGCGAUAGGUUUGUAGCAAGCUUGUUAACAAGUGUAAACAAUGGUGUUCCAUCGGCUUGUGAACAAAAGCGAUGUGUUGGCAAUAGGUUUGUAGGAGGCUUGUUAACAAAUUGUGACAAAAGUGUUCCAACAACUUGUCAACAAGAUGUCUUGUCAACAGGCUUGUUGCAAGCUUGUUAACAAGUUGUGACAAUGCUGUUCCAACAACUUGUCAACAAGAGUCUCUUGAACAGGCUUGUAGCAAGCUUGUUAACAAAUUGUCACAAUACUGUUCCGAAUACUUGUUAACAACAUGUCUCCUCAACAGGUUUGUAGCAAGCUUGUUAGCAAGUUGUGACAAUACAAUACCAAGAGCUUGUCAACAUGUUGUCUCCUCAACAAGUUUGUAGCAUGCUUGUUAACAAAUUGUGACAAUGCUGUUCCAACAACUUGUGAUCAAGAUGUCUUCUCAACAGGCUUGUAGCAAGCUUGUUAACAAGUUGUGACAAUACUCUUCCAACAACUUGUCAAGAAGAUUUUUUGCAUCGUGUUUGUAGCAAAAAAAAACCCAAAAAAAACAAAAACAAAAAACAAAAAAAAACUUGUUAGCAAGUUCUGACAAUGCUAUUCAAACAACCUGUCAACAAGAUCGAUGUGUUUGGAAUAGGGUUGUAGCAAGCUUGUUAACAAGUUGUGACAAUACUGUUCCAAUAACUUGUCCACAAGAUUCCUCCUCAACAAGCUUGUAUCAAGCUUGUUGACAUGUUGUGAUAAUACUGUUCCAACAACUUGUCAACAAGAUUAUUCGCAUCAGGUUUGUACCAAGCUUGUUAAUUAACAAGUUGUGACAAUACUGUUCCAACAACUUGUCAACAAGGUGACUCUUCAACAGGCUUGUAGUAAGCUUGUUAACGAGUUGUGACAACACUGUUCCACCAACUUGUCAACAAGAUAUGUUUGGAAUAGGUUUGUCGACAAUGCUGUUCCAACAACUUGUCAACAAGAUGGCUCCUCAACCGUUCUUCCACUUGUCUAUAUGGCUUUGUUAUGCCUCCUCAGAUCUAUUUUGGCACACGAGAAACAAAAUUUGAAUCUAGUCCAUGCACUAUAAAAAAUUUAUAUCCUACAUUGAAAGCAUAAACUGAAAGAUGCCCAGCUUUCUGUGGCAAGGCAACUUACCCAACCGGGCAAGCAAGAUAAAACGUUUACUUGCCCGUCGUGGUAUUCACUUGCCUCGGGCAAGCGGGUGAAUGUUGUUACACCUCUGUAAAGGGCUCUAAAGCUAAUGUCUCAAUCACGGAAACGACGCUUUUUGGCCACAACAAAAUACCUUUCAGGAAGGGUGUAUUGCCGAGACUUGAUAUUUCUUUAUACACAGUCAUACUUUGUUAUUAGUUGAGUUUAUUUUAUUUAAUAUAAUGAAAUCUGAUAUGCAAAUCUUAUGUUCUUUGCCAGCACACUAAUUAUUUUCUUCAUUUUUGCAGAAGGAGAGAGAUGAUAUAGACAAGAACGUAAGUUCACUUCAACAAUUUCCUUUCAUUGUCUUUAACUAUUCGCUUUCCUUUGCAAGUUAAUAACUUCUUAUUAACCGAACGCGAGGUCUGUACAGAGAAAUAUCGGACCGAGGUCUUUUUUGUACAGACCGAGCCCGUAUAGUGCGAGAUUUGUAAAAAAAGACGCAGGUGCGAUAUUUGUCUGUACAUACCGAGCAAGCGAGGUCAAUGGUAUUUACAGGCAUUUGUACUCGAAACAAAUAAGAAAUGCAUGAUUUGAAAUGCAUAUUAUUAGCGUUGUAUACAUUUGGUUAGAGAAAACAAAAGAAUACCAAUGUAUUCCUUCUUACCACUAAGAAAAACAUUCGCCGAAAGCUUAUUAAUUGCAAAUUAAAUGAUAAUUUUCGAAUUUCUUGCUCCAGUUAUAUAUAGAGCUCACUGACGACGGCGUACUUGACAAUUUUUGCCCAUCUGCGCAUUAUCUUGCGCAUACUGAUUUUGAAGUCACUGUUGGUUGCUCAACUGUGUCGAUUUCAAACAGUGAAGAGUAUAAACGUUUUCGCAUCUGUUCCUGGUUAAGUUACUGUCGUUACAAUUGAAAUGUUCCUCAAAUAUUGAUCCAAUACAUUACCUCGGGCUGACCAAUUCAUUUGACCAAGUUCCUCGAAAUAUUCAUACACUUCCUAGUAUAAUUGUAAACUUCCCGUUGAAUAGUUUGAAUGCACCAAUCACCUUUGUUGUUUGUGCAUCUAACCAAUCAUAAGUAGAAAGGAAGUGACCAGAAAUGAUCAAAUACUUGGAAUUGGCUCUUUCACAGGAAGUGUAUGAAUAUCUCGAGGAACUUGAUGAAAUGAAUUGGUCAGCCUGAGGUAAUGUAUUGAAUCAAUAUUUGAGGAACACUUUAAUUGGAAGGACAUUAAUAAAUGUAUAUCAUUUCCACUCGAUAAUCUCCAUCUAAAAGACCCUUCAACUAUUAUUCAAUCGAGUGAGAUACCAACAAAAUCUUGAUAUUUACCCAUAACCAUACCAUAACCUAACAUGACAGUACCCUAGUAUAAUAUCAGACCUGGAAAUAAUUCUAGCCUUUCUUGGAUCCUAGACCAGGGGGAAAUAUUUUCUUUGAAAACACUGUGGAACAUUUGGAAAAUUUUCUUCUUGUUGAUUUUUAUGGGAUAAUUUUUUUUAAAGAAAUUUCAAAACUUUCUGCCAAAGAAAAUUGAAAGUCCUUUCUAGCAAUAAAAAAUUUUCUAGGAACGUCGUUCCCAGGAUCCACAACUAUUUCCAGGUCUGUAGUAAAUAUACAUGAACUUGUGGUUAGAGCUCGACAACUGGCCUCUGUAGCUCAGUUGGUUAGAACGCUGCACCGGAAUCGCAUGCACGAUCGCAGGUUCGAUUCUUACCAAGUACCUAAAGUUGCAUUUUUCGCAGUUGUUCCUGGUUAGAUCUAAUAAAUGUAUAUAAAUUUCCACUCGAUAAUUUCCAUCUACAAUACCCUUCAACUUUCGUGCUUAUUUUAUUUCAGAUAUCAUCGCUACAGUUUUUCUCAGAUCCCUGUACUCUGGAUGUAAAUGGAUUUACGUUAGGGAUGACAUCGACUGACGUUCUCUUUCAGAUGGGUGGUGAAGAAAUUGCACAGUGAGUAAACCACCUACGGGUUUCAUCCGACAAUGAUGACUGGACUAGAUUUCAAGCCCGCGCAAUUUGAUCAAGUCCGAGGUGAAGCCGAGGACUGAAUCAAAAUGUGAGGACUUGAAAUCUAGUCUAGUCCGAAUUGGAGGAUUUGAAAUGACAUCUCAUACGAGUAAAUCACUACUUAAGGUGAAUUAAUUUUGAUCCAGUCCUACAGCAAUUUGCAUCCAAGCACAAACCGCAAACAUUUUCGCGCGUUUGUUUACGUUUGAAACGAGGCAUUUACCGUUGGAAACUGAAAUGUAUUCACCGCUCAUGUGACGUGUCACAGUGAAAAGCCUUAAGCUAUUUUUGGCGCAAUUGUCAUGUUUUGAUGUGCCUCGGUGCACGUUUCAAUAUUUUCAAGCCCAUGAUAAUACGUUCUAGUGAUAAAAAGUAUGAAUAUAAACAAGUUUGGUCGCUCUUACAAUAUCUUGAGCUUGGAAAUACUGAAACGUACACGAAAGCACAUUAAAACAUGAAAAAUGACUGAAUUUGCACUGUAACACGUCACAUGAGCAGUGAAACAUUUACGUUUCCAACGGUAAACGCUCCGUUUCAAACGUAAACAAACGCGCGAAAAUGUUAGCAUUAUCAUGCGAGCAAAAUCAAGCAAUACGGUUGGCUAAUUUACUCAUGAAUUAUUAAUGAGUUUGAAAAUCAAAUAAAAAUUUGAACAAUGUGGAAUUUGAUGAGAAUUGACGAGAGUGAACAAACAAGAGUUACGUUUGUGAGAGUUAAGCCCCCGGUCAAAUUAAACAAGGAUGAUAGUUGUCAGUCACAUGGGGAUAUUUCUAGGUUAACAAAAUAAAGGUGCGAUAAGUGUUACAACUAUGUUUUAACUUAAUAGAAUACAUGAUAGUGUUGGGAAAGCAUUAAGAACAGCUAACCAAGGUCACGUGACUGCCAACUCUCAUGCACUCGUGUCAUCUGGGCUUUUUUCAUAUUUUCGUUUAGCCCACCCGGUUCUGCAGACAAGAUGGGACGACUUGUUAAGAACAUACUCACUCAACAAUGGUAAUUAUAUAAUACCUUAUUGAAUUCUGAUCGUUUAAUUGGCUGUUUAUGGUCACAUGAUAUUGAAUAGAAAAUUCCAUUUCCGAAGAGUGCAGUGGAAUACGUUCCAUCUGCGAGUGCAAUGGAACAAAACGUUAUAGUACAAUUGCACUAUUUGUGUUUUCGAUAAAUCGCAUCCCUCAAAAUGCUUCUCAUACGAAUCUAUUAGUCUAUUUUGGUAUUAUAUAAAACAAAUAAUGAAUGUUUUUUCGUGCAAUGGUAAGACUAUUUUCAUUCGGUGAAAAAUGAAAUGUUCUAUUCAACUCUGCUGUCGCCUCGUUGAAUGGAACAUUUCAUCUUUCACCUCAUGAAAAUAUUCUUACCAUUGCACUCAUAAACAUUCAUUAUUUGUAUAAUGUAAGAUUGGAAUCAAGAGCCUUAUACCCCCUAUACCCUCGACCUCACCACCACAGAGUACUAACAUACAGAGGUCUCACUUCUGCGGGAAAACCGUAAGGUAGUUUUUUACCAAAAUAGCUGGUGACCAUGUUCUUAGCAACAACCUAGUUAUAGGGAACUCCAAAAAUCGUGUGGAGGCAACAGGAAAUAAUCUUUUUGUUUCUGGGAUCCUAAGUUGUGGGGUCAAAGUUCUCUGCCGAGGUCACUAAUUUUAUUCCUAAUAAAUUACUUUCUGUGGCUGUUGGUAUUAUACAAUGCCUAAAAUUUUCUGUCAGCUAAGCCAGGUCUGAAAAUUUUCUGGGAUCCUAUAGAUGCCAGUAGUUGUAUUCAGAUGUUGGCAGCCAGACACGCCUUAAUUUAUAAAGGUACGUUUAUACGCUACGAUUAAUCGUGUACGAUUCGAUUAAUCGUGUACGAUUCGUAUUCUCGCGUAUUAAAAUGAGUGCUGGCGCCUUAAUUCAUUGAAGUUUCGUUAAAAAGAAAUUUCUAAUGUAGCCAGCUUACGCGUCUUUACUCAGUGACAUACGCCAGAAAACGAAUCGUACACGAUUAAUCCCAGCGUGUAAACGUAGCUUAAGCUUUCAAUCGGGCAAGUUUAAGUUGCAUUCAGCUCUUAGCUGCAAAUUCUUUCCCCUUUUCAGUUAUUAUCCGUUAUUCCCACCAUCUGAAGACGUUUGUGUCGAUUACGAAGUGUUUGCUGAGCAUGCGCGGUUGCCGUGUAAACCUGACGUGUUCGUUGUCCCUUCAGAUCUCAGAUACUUUGUCAAG